AUGAUGGCAGUUCUAACAGGGCAUAGAUGCAUCACAUUGUGGUUUAUAUUGCUCCUCACACUCAUUUCUGUUGUAAUAUAUUUGGAUGGAGGCUUUGACAAGCAACCAUAUCUUAUGUUUGUAUUGUUUGCAAUAGCGGAUAUACUAUACGUAUCAUCUAUCUUUUGGUCAAUGAUAUCGACUACAACGUUUUCACUUCCUCAGAACUACAGCCAUCUGUACAGCUAUCUAUAUUACCAUCGCGACAAGGUCAUGCAACUACUUGGUUUUCUGCUGAAAAUCACAUUCGAGUGUUUCCUGUUUGCGAAGAUCGUACUACAUAAGGAAGUGCCUCUAUUCAUGUUACUGUCACCGUUAUGGAUAAUUCUCGCCAUUGUCAUAGUUGAUCUCAGCAAACGAAUAUAUUCUAUACAACAGUAA